AAAGACUAUUCACCCUCACCGUUUCCUAUUGAAAUCUUUCCCUACUUUGUUAUACAUUGCUUGAGUUCAAGACUGUUUGCGCUUUCUAAACUUGAGCUCUUUCUUGUUAUAUUGUGAGUUUUGGGGUGUGGUGGGGUUCUCCACAGAUACAAAAAGAAAGAGAAAAAUACAUUUAUUUCCCCUUCUCUUCAAAAUUUCCCACAAAAGGUGAGAGAGGGUUUUUUAACCUCAUGGCAAGGAUCUACCUGACCAUAAUACUAUUUCAGAAAAUUUUAAUAAAUCUUUAGAACUUCCAGAUUCUCAGCUUUCAUUUUAAAAAGGAAGUUUCUAGCAUUUGCAGAACCUGAGUUAUAAGGCAAAAUGUGCAGGCACCAGUCUUCUAGUUUUUCUGUGUGAGAAACUAGCUUGCCCCCCCCUUCCAGUAUUUUAUUUUGCCUAACAACCUGAAAAAAAUCCUGAGGAAACCCAUGCUUCUGAACUUCUUCCUUGAGACAAUCUGGGCAUUCGUCACCUUUUCUGCAAUUGUUGUUGAACAUUCAGGAAAAGUCAGUUCUUUGGGUUUUAUAAAUGCUGAUCUGACUACUGAAGUAUGUCAGGAAGCUCAUGGGGUAAUUGGCUUUGUCGCCAGUGUGAAAUUCUGUCAAAUGACAUAAUUAACAAUAACUUGAUUCUAGAAUACACUAUUUUUCUGGAAUACAAAUAGGUUAACCUUGUUGAAAUACCCUUAGGAUGUUGUGUUGUUUGGGUUAUGGUUGAUGUUAUAAACUGCACUGUUAAGAUAUAUAACUUUGUUGGGCAAACAAGCUUUUAUCCCUCAAACUGAAGACAACAUUUCCGUAAGAUUCACAAGCCAAAAUGAUGUAAUGUCUCCACAGUUUCCUUUCUUGCCCCCUUCAGAUUUUCACAUGAAUUGGAAGUUUGAAGUAGACUGGCAAAGGACACUCUUUGUCAGCCUGGUGCUCCUGUCUUUCUAGCUGACUUACAAUUUUAAAGAAGAAUAAGAAUAGAUAAGAACAUUUAUUAUGUCCUGCGGCGUUAUGCCCUAGGACCAUCGAGUCCAGCAUCCUGUUUUCACAGUGGCCAACCAGAUGCCUAUGGGAAGCUCACAAGCAGGACAUGAGUUCAACAGCCCUUGCCCUACUUGGGAUUCCCAGCAAUGGGCAUUCAGAAGCAUGCUGCCUUUGACACUGGAAGAAGUACAUAGCUACCAUGUCUAGUGGUCUUUGAUAGCCUUAUCUUCCAUAAAUUUGUCUUAUCAAUAGCCUUAUCUUCAUCAGAGUUUUGCCAUCAUCUGCGAAAAUUGUGAAAGAAUCCUUUCAUGGAGCAUUAAGAGAUGUGCCAUCUAAGGUCUUCACUGUACUCCCUUGCAGUUGUGUGACCUGCGUUCCUCACAGAGGAAUACCCCACCCUUGCAAUUCUCCUAUAUCCUCCUAUAUGAUACAGAAAAGCUUUUAACAGCAAAGCAACCAACCAAAGGGCUACAUAUUUAUCUGGCUGCCAUAUUAGAAACUGUAUCUUUAAUCAAGGGCGCAGACCUGAAACUAUCUGAAAAAAUUAAUACCUACAAAGUGACCUCUCUUAUCACAACUUUACCAUCUAAACCCUUAAUACUUGAAACAUGGAUGUAUGCCCACACCUGCAAAAUAAGCUGUCCCUAAGAAAAGAAUAUUUAUUUGCAGUAUCCUCCUGGUGCAGCAUGUUUAAAUAAUCUGCUUCUGUGUUACGAUUUGAACACCAGUAACUAAUGGAAACGAAUCUGGUAUCUUGGGUCUUGAAGACCUCAGCAAAACCUCUAAUAUGUUUGUAUUUUUUGCAAAUCUUUGGGGAAUGCAAAAGAGGAAAUUCUCCAGAAACAUUUUAUGUAUUUGUCAGCAAUGCAUUAUAGAAACUUAGUUGAAGGAUAGGAAACAGAAACUUUCUGUUCCUCCUCUACUCCUUCUUAAAGGGCAGUUUCAGAACUCUUUUGCAUCCUUGCCCUCACUCCUCUUUCUCAGAAGAUCUUCAAGGCCAACGAUGCAUUUCCAAAUUGCCAGCAUCUUCCAGGGUUGGCUGCACAGGACUACAUCUGGACUGCUAAUUCUCUGUCUGUUAUGCUCUGGCUUAGAUGACUCACUCUAUCUAUAUGAUGGAGCAGUCCGGCUGGCUCAGGGAAACUCUCUCACUGAGGGCCGUGUGGAGAUCUACUAUAAUGGCGAGUGGGGGACAGUAUGUGACGAUGGCUGGGAUAUUAUGGAUGCACACGUGGUCUGCCGUUCCCUGGGCUUCAUAAAUGCAGUAGAAGCAAAGCAAGGGGCAGCAUACGGGCAAGGACUUGGUCCCAUUCUUCUAGAUGAUGUCGAUUGUAAUGGGACAGAGAAGUCUCUUGUACAAUGUAGAUCUCAAGGCUGGUUGUCACACAACUGCGGACAUGGGGAGGAUGCAGGAGUGGUGUGUAACAAGAAAACUGAGUUUUUCCUGGAUCAUUCUGGAGGUUUUCCUGAGGACCUUGGUAAACUGUAUGACAGCCAGCAGGACUGUGACCUCAACAUCACUGUGCUGAUAGCAGAUAACAACACUGAAGUCCUGAGUCUGUGUGCACAUAGACUGAUUCUUCGUACAAACAGUGAGGCCAGCCUUCUUCUCCAAGGAAGCACACUGAAGGUAGAUGAAGAGUGCCUGCCCAAUGUGCACAGCUUCCUCAGGUACUUCUACUCGCGGCAGAUCAGAGUGACACUGGAUUCAGUAAAGUGCUUCCACAAGCUGGCUUUGGCCUACGGAGUUCCAAGCCUGCAAGCGUACUGCAUCCAGGUCUUCCCCAACUUAUUUCCAUUGGACCCCACUUUUCAUGUUCACCUGAAGCUGUACAACUACAGCCUGGCCAGUGGAGAUGCCCAGCUGCAGGAUCUCACCAUGCAGCACCUAGCCUGGAACUGUGAGGCCUUGACUCGCACUGAGGCCUGGUUGGCCCUGACGCCAGAGAUGAUGGAGGCCCUGCUGUCCCGUACAGAUGUUGUGAUUCAGAAUGAAUGGUCCCUGCUGAAAGCUCUGGACCAAUGGGCUCAUACCAAUGAAAUAAAGGAAGGCCACGUGGAAAAGAUCCGCUUUCCUAUGCUUUUGCCAGAGCAGCUGCUGGAGCUCCAGUUCAACCUGACCAUUUAUGAGACUUAUAAGAAUAUUUUCCAGAGGAAGAUUAUGGAGGCUCUUGAAUUCCACACAGUGCCACUCAGAUUCCUAGAGCAGUACAAGCUCCAUGACCUCACAAGUGAUUCACACAUCCCUCGUUUUUACACUGAGCCCACUUGGAGCAUGCACCUAAGCUAUGGCUUCUUGUUGCAGCAGUAUUUUCUUGGAUCCCAAGUCACCCAGCAACUUGAAACAAACAAGCACCCUAGCUUUCUUUUCAAGAUGCAGAAGAUAACCUGGGCCUUCAACUACCACAGCCCUGAACAAAGCCACCAAAAUGGUACAUGCUCUUCCUCAGACAUUACCCCUGUUAGCUAUCUUGCACUGGAAGGUUCUUCUGAUGACACCAUCCAUUACAAUAACAAAGCACUCUUGCUCUGCCAAAGUUCCUAUAUCGCAGGUAUUGUCAGUUUUCAAAAUGGUACGGCCGUGGUUCCCAGUGCCACCUUCUUCCCAUGCCCAACUCGCUACUCAGGUUUUAUUGUUGUGGUGCGUCCUAGUUACAAGCUGAACACAUAAAAAGCUAGGAUUCUCUGUUGCAGGCAGAAUAUAUAACAAGUCAAAAUCUGCCCUUGAGGCACAUCUCAUAGUACCUCAGCUUCUAUUGUUGUCCUAGCUGCUUCUUUAACUGUUGAUUCAGCAUUGUGUCUUGAUAGUCCAAGCCAGCAUCUAUAUCAUGGUGAGCUAAUUCAAAGUGGAUAGGUAAUUUUAUUCACCCUCGAGUUUGACAGAUGCAUCUACAAUUAAUCCUAAUUAAUUGAAGUCCCCAUGCUGUUGGAUGUGCAUUCCCUGCCCCUUUAUAUCCCCCUAGCUUGAGAUUCUCUCUUAAUAAAAUUUGAAAAACAAGUUGCCAACUUUCGCUUUCAAUAUUAUUAUAUUAUUAACAUUGAUUUAUUAAUUGCCUUCUAAACCCCCAUCUCAAUAAGAUUUACAUAUGAAACAAUUAAAAACAGUUAAAAAUACAAAAAUGAACACAUUUUUAAAAAGACUAAAUCUCUAAGAAGUGGACACUCAUGGCAAAGACCCAUUUAGCCUGUUGGAACAAAAAUGUCUUCAGUUGUUUCCAGAAAUUGCAGAUUCUGAACAUGAAUGAUAUUCCAAAGAAAAGGGGUAGCAACACUAAAAGCUGCACAUUUUUGGUGAUCCAAAAAGCAACCACCACUAUGCCAUUCUUCUAAAGAUCUCAGACAAAAAUGUCUUUGAGCAUUCACAGGAUGACCUUACCAUAGAGUCAGCUGCUAUUCUGAAAAACUGACCUAACAGCAGUGCCUCUGAACAUGUGCAAAGUAUGUUUGCCUUGUGAAGGGCACUAGUUUCUUUCUUUUUGUAACCUCGUAGAAUUAAAGAAUCCCUGUCUUCA